AUGCGCCGUGUGAUGUGUGUGUUGGCCGUUGUGCUGUGCUGCGCCAGCGGGUAUACCAUGACGGCUGCUGCUGGUGAUAUUUUAUUGGAAGAUUUUCUUAAUGAUACAAGCAAUAAGUAUAAGAAGUGCAAGGAUGCCCCCAAUCAUACAGUUGAUGGAAUAAACUGCAAGGAAUUUGAAUUCGCUCCGAAGGCUGAAAAAACACCUCAAACACCGCCUCCCACGAGAGAUGAAGGGGAGACACGUACCACCAUUGGAGGAAGUGGUGAUGACACUGAACCGCAAGCUGCAGAUGGAAUUGAUCGACAAGGCCAACAACAAGGAUCGAAUCCAACAAGAAGAGAAAACGAUGCGGGAGAACGUGAACCGGAACCAACAGAAUCAUCGAAAAGACCUCGUAACGUUGAGGUGCCUCAAGGUGAACAAGGAGCAUCGAGCAGCACAGAUGAUAACAGUACAGCUGGCAACUCUAAUGCUACCCAGCAAUCUCCUGCAGCUGUUAAUACGACUGCCGCACCAAACUCACAAGAAACAAAUUCCACUACUCCACAGAGUCCCGAGAACAAUGUCAGUGAUGUACCACCCACCACUCCAUCUCAUGUUCCUGUACCCAACCCACAGAUCAGCAGCAACAUCACUUCCACUGUACAGAACAAGGCUAAUGUUGAUAGCAGUAUGAGUUCUGUGUGGGUACGUGUGCCGCUACUGAUUGUGGCUGUGUUGUUCUCCGCUACUGUGUACUGA